AGCCAGUUGUUCUACGAUGGGCAUCAGACACUGGCAGUCAGCCUGUCCAACAUGGUGAAAGCGCACCCUGCGUGCCCCCCGUCCGACAGAUUGCUGAACAUAGUCAGUGCUGGCCUACGAGUUGAACAAGAGUCAAAGGGCAGCAAGGUCUCAAAUGCAGACCAGCCCUACAUGGGACCUGGAAUUGACUUGGAGUACGAAACAGAAGCUGCCUCCCUCGCACCUGAGCCCGCGUUGUACGAAACCUGUUACGUCACAUCCCACAAGGCGCAGUGCAGAGCGGGAACGUUCAGCCGUGAUGGACAGCUCGUUGCAACCGGCUCGGCCGAUGCUUCGAUUAAGAUCCUCGACGUGGACCGUAUGCUUGCGAAGAGUGCCAUGCCCCCCGAAGUGGCAGCACAGGAGUCGGCCCAGCAGAACAUGGAGACGCACCCAGUCAUUCGCACCCUCUAUGACCACAUUGAGGAGGUGACAUGCCUCGAGUUUCACCCACGGGAGCAAAUCCUGGCAUCUGGUAGCAGGGACUACACCGUCAAAUUCUUUGACUACUCAAAGCCAUCUGUGAAGCGAGCCUUCAAGACAGUUCAUGAGGCGGAGAUGGUGCGAUCCCUAGCGUUCCACCCGUCCGGUGACUUCAUAUUGGUGGGAACCCAGCAUCCCACCCUACGGCUCUAUGACGUCAACACAGCCCAGUGUUUCGUGUCAAGCAUUCCUUCGGAUCAGCACAAGGGUCCCAUAAAUGCGCUUCGUUACAACAACUCCGGCAAGCUGUACGUGUCAGCUUCCAAGGACGGCGACCUGAAGCUCUGGGACGGUGUGAGCAACAAGUGCGUCUGCACAUUUCCCCAGGCCCACGACGGCAACGAGGUCUGCUCCGUGGUCUUCUCUCGCAACGGGAAAUACGUCCUGUCGAGUGGAAAAGAUUCCAUCGUUAAGCUGUGGGAGCUGUCUAUGUCCCGGUGCCUCAUUGCUUACACAGGAGCAGGAGCUACGGGAAAGCAAGCUCACAGGGCUCAGGGUAUCUUCAACCACACGGAGGACUAUGUUCUCUUCCCCGACGAGAAGACUACCAGCUUGUGCAGCUGGGACUCGAGAAAUGCUGAACGGCAGCGUUUGCUCUCCUUGGGCCACAACAACACAGUCCGUCAUUUGGUCCACUCUCCAACCGGCCCGGCUUUUCUGACGUGCAGCGAUGAUUUCAGGGCUCGUUUCUGGUAUCGCCGUGUGGAGGCUGUGGACUGAACACACUGUGCUGAUGUGCCUAACUGGACAAUGUACACCGCACAAAUCAUGCUUUGUCAGAUAACUUUGCCUCCACAGUCAUCCAUUUUUGAGACGGAAAACAGCAUACCAAAUGCGAAAUAAAGUGCUUCUUCUUA